AUGCUUUCGUUUUUACUUUUAGAAAGAACAUGGCCUGUCAUAAUUCCUAGGUUACUUAGUACAGCUAGGCGCAUGUCUUUGAGCCCUCAACAAUUUUCCGAAGAUUUUUUAAACAGUUCAUUUAACUUAAAUGACCACGUUGAAUAUUGUUCUCAUUAUAAAAAUGAGUCAUGUUUCCUUGUAGCUACUUACUUUAUUAAUCAAAAUGGUAAUUAUCAAAAACGAGAUCUUAUUUCAGCAAUUUCAAGUUUAUUUGAAAAAUGUGCAAGUACAAAUCAGCAUUGUGCAGAUAUACUUGUUCAAUUAGAGUAUUUUCAUACGCCAAAUAUCACUAUUUUCGAUGCAUUGAAAAUUUACGAUCAUUAUCAAUCAGAUUCUAUUUUUUGCCAUCUACUCCACAUAGCCCUUCACCAUGCAGUUGAUUUUGUUGAUUACGAAAAUUAUUUAUUAAUUAACCAAAUUACGAGACUUGCGUUUCUGGAAUACACAGCAGACCCAUUAAGAGCAAAGAUAAAUACAGAAUACAUUGAUUCCAUUAUCAAAGAAGAUAAUAUUCUAAAAAUCGAAAGAAUAAUGGACAAAUUUUUGAUUUCCAGUAAGACAUGGCAAGAAAUACCUGAUUCCGAUAAUUAUUUGCUGAAAUAUUCACGGGUUCGUCAAUUAUUUUUAAAUGAUCUCAACAAAAAAGCGGAUUCUGCAGGAAGCAUAGGCCAAACUAUGAAGAUUCUUUUAGAAAAUGAUAAUCCAAACACAACAAAUUAUACGUAUAUACUCAACAACUGCUACAAAAAGCAAAGUAAGUUUAAUACUCAGUUAUCUGCCAUUAUACAAUUAUUUGGACUUGCAAAUGGUACUAGGGCAUCUGAUGCCGUGCCACUGAUCAAGUCUCUUUCAGAUGAUGGCGAUAUUUUCUUUUCUGAAUUGGCUAUUUUCUUAAAUCUCUUCUUUGAAGACUUGAAAAUGCCAGAAAUUGGUUUAGAAUACGAUUACUUUGAAGAUAGUCUUAUAGAAGCCUUUAUAGAUGAUGUUUCUCUAAGAAAUUCUUCGAUCAGUAAGAAAUACGUUGAUUUGCGAAAGUUUUUGGACGUUUCACCUGUAUUUAGUGAUAUCAUUGUUGCCGAAGAGAUGAUGAGAGAAGGUUAUUGGGACAGCGCUCAGUUUUUAUUGGAAAGAAUGUCAUUAAUGGGAAAUUGCCAUGCAUUGAAGCUUCUUAAGUACAUAACAUCAAAAAGGAAGAUGGAUAUUAACCAAGUUCUCAAGCUUGAGAAGCUUUUCUGUAACUCUACAACAGAAAAUAAAUUUUAUAAGAACAAACACUUGGAUCCGAAGAUUCUUUCAAUCAUUGAUAAAUAUCCUAUUAGUAGCUACUAUUAUUCCCAUAAUUCUGAGCCUCCAGAAGUUGCUAGAGCUUAUUAUAGUUAUGCAGUUGAGAAAAACAACGAAUCUCUUUUCAAAAGAAUUAACAGAAGGAUUUCCCUGGAAAUAGAUAUAUUAAUACAGCAGACUUACGAAGGAAUGUUCAUAGAAAUGUCAUUUUCAACGAAAUUUGUCAUUGUUAUCACUUUUAUCUUCCUAAUAAUCAAGGUUGCGAAUAAUGUGAAGACUCAGCUCUUUGAUAACAAUCAAAGACCAGUCUUUUUGAACGUUAAUUCUCCAGUUCCAAAACCAGCUCGCGUAAAUUAG